UUCUUGCUUCUUCAUCGGCUGAUACGGAUGCUGAAGGUGAUGAACAAGAUACUAGCUUGUUCCAUCCUCCAAGAGAAAAACAUUCCACCUGCGACGAUGCCGACUUAGAAGAUGAGUUCCAUCAAGGAGAACAUCUUCAUGGCCAUGGGAAGAUCUCUAGCUCUACUAAAACUUCUUCAUCCGUCGAAAUGGAAAUUCCAACAAACUGGGACAUCAAGGUAGAUGGAGCGUUUUUUUCUUCGAUCUACAGUGCUCUAGAGGAUUCCGCUUUGCGUUGCUGGGAUACGAGAGUAGACUGGGGCAAAGUAGCAGAUUGGAUGGGAGAGGAGAAGGGGCUUACGCUAGUGGAACACGACGUAAAAAAUGAUGAGAUGAAGGCUUUGGGAUCGGACGAAGUGCUGGACGAUGAAGAAGAAUUUUCGGUGAUGAGUCGUCGUUCCUUGGCCGCUAUGUGCCGAGACCGCUGGCGAUUCUGGUUGGAGGGAUCAUUAGCGCAUGGGUGGACAACACAGGAAGACCAUAUGCUCAAACUGGUCAUAGCGGAGCACUGUGAACGAAAGAACCGAAUGCGAGAGAGCUAUAGGAAACAGCCUCCGUCUUUAAAGAACAAGGUUGUGCUAGGAGACACCUCGGGAGCAUCACUCUUAGAAGCCUUGAAAAAAGCAGUAAACAAGGAUGUUCAAACGCACGACGAGGUGCUAGCCCAUGUGACAAGGGUUCGCAACUUGGCAGACGAAGUGAACCGCCGCUUCAUAGGUCGUAAACAAGCGCCGGAGGACAAGGGAGAACAGGUACAGGGAGCGGAUGACAAGCCAGCAGAUGAAGUUGGAGAAGACAGUCCGGUCUCCGAUGAGGAAAUUCUAGCGGAAGAACUCGCGCUACGUCGUGGAGGUUCUGUCAAGAAAAAAGAAGACCAGAGGUUGACAAGAUGGAGCAGUAAUACAACAACACCAAGGACAACUUCUUCUUCUUCCUCAGAAGCAGCUUUGAUGUUCGGAGGUCGUAGCGAGGACAAAACUUCUGUUUCCACUACUACUGCGCCAGUUGAAACCUCAGACGAAGGAGCGGUGAAUGCUGAGACUCUCGCGUCUUUAACAGUGCAAGACUGGACCGAUAUUCAGUUCGCGUUCCACGGUAGAAUGGAGGCACGACGUGAGAAACUGACGAAUUGGGCAGCUGCUCGCGUGAGCAGUGCUAUAGAAGCCCUUCGUGAGGAAAAUCGGAAAGCUGCGGAAGCUGUCUGGAAGGAACAGCAACAAAAGUCUAGGUCGCUCACCAAAAAUACUUUUGGGGCUAGAGGAAUGAAGCGACGGCGGUUGUCAAAGAAAGAGAUCGCAGAGAAGUUACCACUGGCCGUCACUCGUCCUUGUCCUCUUGGUUCAGAAACCUCAGGCUCCACAGAAACCUCUGUUGUACCCGCACCGUCUCCCGAGGAAUCUCUCAAACGCGCUAAGCAUAUCUUAGACCUAGAGAAGAGAACGCCUGGUCACAUGGCAGUCCUCGAGCUCGAGCUUGAGCAAGCGAUAAGAUGGAAACAACGAACCUGUUUUCAACUGCGUGCUCGUGCGCGGAUUCUCUACCCGGAGGUGGUAUCUGCGAAGGACGCUAUCACACUUUUAGACAAUAGCAGUUGUGGUCUUUGGUCAGACAGGGACUUGCUCGCCUGGUACGAGGAAGCAAGAUGUGUGCUGAUCGAGGCAAAGGUGAAAGCGGAUACUUCCAAGAAGAUGAAAAAAAGUGGAAGCUCUUCCAACUACAAUGGCAUUUUCCAAGAUCGGACAUCUUCUGCCACUUCCACUUCACCUACUUCCACUUCACCUACUUCCACUUCGUCUAGUUCUGCCUCUACCUCUUCCACUGAGCCUACAAUUCGCGUGAUAGCAAACUACAUUCGCGCGAACCACGGCGUUGGUGUCGCUGGCUUUCCUACGCAUGCUGAACUGCGUGAACGGCUGUCUUCUCUUCUCGGCAGGAAAGACAAGAAGAAUGCUUCUCUGAACUACAAGUCUUCUCCUCUGGUACGAGCUGCAGAAGCUUCGGUUCUAGGUUCUCAGGAAGGUGCUCCACCAGUUGUAGUUGAGCGAAAAACGGGUCCCUGGACAGCUGAGGAGGAUGCGCAAUUGUUGGGCCUGGCGAAAGACCCGAAGAUGAAGACCCGUUCUGGUAGGUUGUGUUGGGUCUCCAUAUCUGCGAAAAUCGGCACACGUGACGCCAAGCAGGCUCGUGAGCGUUACUGCCGUAGCAAUCUACUAGCAUCGGCCGAAAGUGGUGAUCGCCACAUUGUAGCGGAGAAGAAGAUGAUCAAAGACGCUGAACAAGGCAAGCCAGCUUCUAGUACUUCUAGUACAAGUUGUACAUCUUCUGAAAAACAAUCUGCUAAAGCAAGGUCUUCGCGAUUUGUAAAGCACUGGACUGCACAAGAAGACUCGCUGUUGAAAAGCAUCGCAGAUGAUGAGGAUCUCCUAGGACGUUGGGAAGCCAUUGCAAAACGCCUCGGGCGACCUGCUUCUUCAGUACGUUGUCGCUUCAAAGCACUGCAUCCGCAGGUAUGGAAAGUGAUGCAGGAGUGUUCAACUUCAACGCGGAAAACAAAAAUAAGACGAACUACUACUACUACAAGUGGGGAAUCUACAACUACUGGGGAAUCACUGUCAGCGCUCUUAGAUGGUUCAUCUUCUUCACGCUUGGGAAAGACACAAGCCAAAGCCUCUCCAAAACAGGCGCUUCUCAAAUUUGUAAAAGAAGCAGCAGAGAUACCUUCUAAACCGCUUAGGACAAAGGAGCUACUAGAUAGUCGUAAGCAACAGAAGAAGAAGGCUCAAAAGAAGAACCAGAAGGGAAAAAAGGGAGCCAAUGGUAAGAUGAGUGGCGCCAAAAAUAGCAAGAAAAUGAAGACCAUGAUGAAGGCCAUGAAGAGAGCCUCUGCGGCUAGUGCUACAAGCACACGCAAGAACGGCAACGGCCACGGCACGAAGAAGAAAGCAUGGUCGGUGAUGAAGAAAGCAAACUAGUCACUACGGGUGCUACGGACUACCAGAGACGCACACAUGACAAGCUAACAUACUUAUUUUUCACAAUGCCCUCGUAAUUUGCGCAUGUUUCUUUGAAAGGAACGACAUUUUAUUCCUUCCCCAGAACUUAACCUAUCCCCAUUCGGAAUUCCAUUACGCAUGGAGAAAAGACCUACAACGCUUUCCAAAGCUACCCAGCGACAAUUUUCUUUCUUUCUUUCACCAACAAGGAAAUGUAUUUGAGAUGAAAAAUAACAAAGGCAUCUGAGGAUGUUCCAUUG